AUGCCUUUACGAAUUCCACACGACAAAAAUGGAGAAUUGGUUGACAUUGGACUUACAUCUACAGUUAAUAAUUCUAAGCAAUUAGAAAAGAAUCAAAGUGUUUUGGUGGUAUCUUCGUCAGAUUAUAAUAAAGAGGAAAACCAUGUGACAAGAACAAACGAUACGUCUAAAGAGUUUAAACAAAAUGAAGAUGUCAAGAAAGAAUUAUCAAAAAAUUGUCAUGACACAGAAAAUACGACGUAUGUAAGCGAAAAUAAAACCAUGUUAAAUUUUGAUUCAUAUCUUAUUAAUACAAUUUCCAAUCUUAAAUCAAGUCAGUUAGCAAGUUCAAACUACCUUUCUGAACUAAAUGGUGAAAAAAUUGUAUAUGAUUCAAAUGUCCAGGACAUAAAACAAACCGAUGACUUUGUAGGUCCAAAGAAAGAAAAGAUCACAAACAACAAACCAGAAGACAGUGAAACCACCGGAAUUGGCGGCAACGAUAAAAUAACUUUACUUUAUAAGGGUGAUUCUAAAGUUCUUUUGAAGGGUACCAUAUAUGAAGAUCCAAUAAUUGGCACUUGUUACUUAUUUCCUAUUCGUCCAUAUAUAGAUUCUGGGAUUCUAAAUGUAUUACCUGAUACUCCGAAACACUUAGAGGAAGAUAUAGAAUCAGCUGCAUUAGACAUUACUUUACCGAAAGUCACGUAUUCAAAACAAGGAUCCGAUAAGAAUUCUCAGUCUCGCGCUGCAAGAAAUCUUAAGAGGAAAGGCAAUAUCAUCGAUUUUAAAACUGGUGAAAAGCGUUACAGAAAGGGAAAGAACAUUGACUAUCCGAAAAUACCGGUUAAGGCAAUAAAAGAGUCGGCUUAUGUGAAAGAAUAUACUGCGUUACAGACUUACAUGAAGGCUAUAAAGUUUUCUUUUUCAAGACCGUUUCACAUAGAAAAUAUUGACGUGGACCAAUUGCUUACAUCAUGGCCCAUACAAGGGCAAAUUCAGGCGAUCGUCGAUACAUCUAAUUGUGACGACACACUUUUUAAUGUUAAUGAUAAUUACGCAGAGAUGAUAUAUGACCCAUUGAAACAGACUCUUUCUGACGAAAUAUCAGUUUGUAAUACGCACAGUAGUGAAUAUAAAUCUAAUGACAUUGAUGAAAUUAAUUUUAGAAUGGGUUUUGGUGAGGGGUCCGACAGAGUUUUACAACAACAUGUAGAUCGAAAUGCUCAUACAAAAAUUUCGGCUGCGACUCUGUCGGACGUAAAACCUGUUCAGCCGUUUACAAUAUCGACAUGUUCUCAUAUUAAAACAAUAAAAAAUAGGGAUUUGGAAAAAAAUGAAGACGAAAUUACAAAUCGUUAUAUAUCGUAUAUACGCCUCAAAAAUAAGGUGCGAACAUUUUUUAAGCGAACAUCGCUGGAAUUAAAUCACGACUGGAUAUUCAAUAACACAAAGGGAAACAAAAAACGUGUUUAUCCUGACUUAGAAAGUAAUUAUCCCUUUAAUAUUGAGGAUCUAGAUUUUUUUGGAGCACCCUCGUUAGAAGUUAUUGUUCAAGUUGUUCAAGUAGGACAAUUGCCCGUUAGUGCCGCCGCUCAAAAUCCUGUCACAUGCGAUCCGCGCGUUACACAAGUCACAGACGCUAGUCCUCCUCAGUGUUCUGCAGAAAAUAGUCCUCGUGAUGGUUCACAACCGUCUAUGAAAACGGAAUACACCGAAUUGACAACCGCUGACUUAAGCCUACCAUUAGCGCAGGAUUAUGAAAGACAAAGUAGUCAAAGUAUGACUGAAAACAACAAAGUAACAUUUUCCGAAGAAAAUAUACCAAUAGAAACAGAAGUAAAUUCCAUUGUGAAAAUAGAAAUUGCUGAAGAAGUAUUAGACACUGAGGAUCAAAAUGACAACGAAAAUGAAUUGCAAAAUAUUAUUGGUAGUCAUAUUAAUAAUCAAGAUUAUUGCUUUGACGCCAAUAAUUCAAGCACAGAUAUAGAGACACAACAUUUAUCCUUUCAAACGUUAAACGAAACUGAUGCAUUUAUAACAGAUGAAGAGACAAACGAAAAGACAGAUCAAAUAGCUCAUGCUAUGAACGCAGCUGGCAUAGCUACUAAUACUGAGCCAUUAAUAACAAAUGAAAGUAAUUCGUUGGAUAACAUAAUGUGUGAUACCUCACAUGAAAAACAAAUUAAUAAACAGCGAAGCCUCAGUAAUAGCUAUUCAAAAACUACUUCUAUUAAUUCUAUAGCGCUACAUCAAGCUUUGGCCCAAAUAUUACCACCGCCAUUAAAUAGAUCAACUGUCACUGACAACAAUAAUCAAACUCCGAAUAACGCUCAAGUACUUCAUAUAGUCCAAGGGAAGAACUCGUCAGUAAAUCAUCUAUUGGUUGACAAUCCCCAACAAUCAGUAAUUAAUACAUCAAAUCCCACACCAAUACUACACAUAGUCCAGAACAAAGGGCAAUCGCACCCCAUGCCUUCUAAUAACGCAGCAUCGCAGAAUUCUUUUAAUGGACUAUCUCUGGUAGAAGGAAGUAAUGUUCAACAGGGAGGCAGUCAACUGCUCCAUAUCGUUAAUACUAGUGCUCAAAAAACAAACAAUACUGGACAACUAAUAAAAAGAGUUAACCUGGUAACAAACAUUAGUAACGUUCAAGGGGGAAAUGAACAGAAAAUGGUUCAAUUUGUUUGUAAAUCUGCAGACGGAAAAUCUAUCCAAUUAAACGCACCCCAUCAACGAAGUAUGGUAUUGCGAAUACAACCUAUCGAGUCGCCUAGCGUUCAAAAUAGUAACAGUAAACCGCCAGAUACGCAAACCGAAGUGAACACAAAUGGAAAUGUUACAGCUCCACAACACAACUGCAACGAAAUUACCAACAAUCAACAAGAAAUUAAGUCACGAUCUGUGUAUGAAGAAAAUUAUGCCAAAUUUAUACAAAACUCCGGGAAACCACCUCUAGCAGAGAAGUCAACUAGUCUUCCAAAAUUCAAUCAGGCAUUUGGCAAACAAGUGUUUCAAGAGGAAAAUCAAAAAGGGAAUGAUGUUAAUGAGAACCACUCGCAUUUAAAUACAACAAUUUCUAAUGAAAACAAUUCAGAAUGUCAAUCUGAAAAUUCUAGUAACACGGAUCACAUCGGGCAGAUCAACAGUCCACCUCUACUAUUGAGAAAACCAAAUACUACUUCACAGUCCCAAACGGCACAACCCAGUUUGGUGCAACAAUUGAAGCAAACCAUAACGCCUAUGAAUUUGCAAACCAUGCACGGCGGAGUUAUUUACACUAGACAAAUUCCUGUUAAUAUUGGCGGAGGACAAACCAUUAAUCUAAUAACGGUUCCAAGCACCGAACUAAUAGAUGAUUCCAACCAGAAACAACAUGUAUCCCAACCUGAUGUGGAACCCUCAAUUAUAAAAAUAACAUCCACAUAUCCACCGAAUCAAACCACUAAUUCGGAAGCAACCACUGAAGAUAAUAGAGGUCAAACGUCAAAUGAUUGCACUCAAAAUCCUCAACCUCAACCAGUUUUAACUCAAAUGCGGAUAAAGUUACCGAUGUUGAGUAAACCUUCGCAAAUGGUUUCAGGAAGUAGAGUUGUUCGGCCUUCUUUCUUUCAAAUACAGAGAAACGUUAUAGGUGGAACCAACCAACCAGUUUACCAACAAUUGGUGUUAACAGCGGCUCCUCCACUUGGACAUCAGACAAUAAGGCUUCCACAGUCUCAAACCAAUAGAAUAAUCAAGGUUCCAACAGAAAACCAAACAUCUCCCGAAUCUCAGAUGAGUUCUUCUACACUUGAACAGCUUAGAGAAUUUGAUAUGGUACUGGAGCAAGUAAAAGAAAGAAGUACAGGUAACCCUAAUCAACCUUCUACCAACAUUAAUUAUAAUAAGGUUCAGACUUCGGCUACCGAGACGAGCGAUACACCGUCUCAUAGCUCAUCAUCUUCUACAGAAUCUACUCAUCAAGUUCUAUAUACGAUCGGAAAUAAUUCGUCGCUAAAUGUCGCUUACGUUAAUCGCAAGGCCACAGUGACUACACCGAGUGUCACAUCGUAUGUAAGAUCACCUGAUUCUUCGAAUGCAAAUGACUCUCCUUCAUCAUCAACUCAAGCUCAAUUACCGCACGGUGUUACGACAGAAGCCCAAUCAAAUGACCUAACCUCGCCACAGAAUCAGCACAAGUCUGCAAAGUUAAGUUCUAAACCGAAGCCUAGACCUAAACCGACGCCACACCCGCCCUCGAGCUCGGUGAAAAUAAAUCCAGUACCACCUAAGCCAUCUACUCAAAAACCUUUCGAAGAUGAACAGACGACUCAACGUAUUUUAUACAUAUUGGCUGAAUAUAAGGAGCAGGUAGAGAAUUCUCCUGAUAAAGAUAAACCGGCACCGCGACGACGAUCCAAUCCACCCUCAAACCCCGGUUCGUCGAAACGAAAGAAGAGCUCUAGUAGUUCUCGUCGUCCCGGUACUCGAGACAUGAGUCCAGUGCACGGGGAAGAUACUUGUCGAACUAUGGGUUCCGAAGAUAGCAGCUGUGGAACAUCUCAAGGUGACUGUGCCGACAGUUGCUUGGAUAGUCACUCUCCGCAAGACAGUCCACGGAAAGUGGUUCGGAAACUAACCUUUGAAAAUGAAACAGCAGCAACGCCGCGCCCACAACCGCAGAGAAAUGUUAUAGUAGCCGACGGUCAAACUAUAACGGUAGCACGUAAUAACACCGGCAAACCAACCACUGCAGUGCUAAUGCCGGCUAAUUACAUUUUGCCAGUUUCUAUGGUAAAGAGUGGUCAGCAGAUAGCUAUAGUUACCAAUCGGGGGCCAAAAAUAUUGACGGUCGGAGGUGGCGACGCCGGUGGAAAUGCUGUUUUACUGCAGCGACUUAUCGGCCCUGGCUUAAAACCGGUAUUGACAAGACCGGGUGUUCGUCACGUACGGUUACCGGCAGCUGCGCUUCAAAAUCUGCAGGCUUUUACUCUCGGUUCAACGGCCAGUCAGCAACCGGAUAGCACUGCGGUGGUCAAUCCUAAUCCACCAGAGUUGAUUGACACCAGAGCGACCGCUUCACCCUGGGCCGAACGUGAUAACCAAGAUGCAAAACCAGAUAAACAUCCUAGUCCGGAGAGUACCGAACCGUGGAACCUCGCCGCAUCCAACGAACCCCACGACUAUUCGUAUGAGGAAAUCGUUAGAUCCGACAACCUGGACCGCACAGUUCUCGUUGUACAUAGAAAAGACGGUACAACGCAACGUCAUCAUAGGCUGACCCACGUAUCUGCGGCGGCCUUAAGGCACAGAUACGCCAUCUUGGAACACGAACUACGGUUACAGAAAUCACUUUCGGAGGAGUGUGAAGACCUCGGUGUAGAUUCGCCGUCGGCCUCGGAGCUGUUUCCUGAAGCUGAGCUUCUUUUUUCUUCAUCACCAGCUCAUGAUGCGCCACACCAUUCCCAUACACCUCAACCCCUCAUAAACCAAAGCACUAUACCGCAACCAGAUCUCGAUGACCAGAUUGCUACGGAUCAGCUGAUAAGCAACCACAGCGAUGUUCCCGAUGAAGAGGAUCUCAAUAUGUUAGAUGGCUUGGACAACAUCGUUACCGUGAGCGGGGAUGGUACAAUCACACUGGAUCCUCAAGAGUUUGCGAGGUCCCACCCCAACACCACCUUCCACAAAGAACCUACUGAUGAGUCUGAACUACAACCAUUCACAAUAGCAAAUGUCAAAGGACGCCACAUGACAUCGACAAUAUUCCACGCGUCUCGAGCGCCCGCUACAGUCCUCGUAACCGCACCGCAAACCACCGUCAUCUCACAAGCCACGCCCGACGGUGGCAUACAGAACAAUCUCAAAUAUCCAGACACGCCCACAAACAGUCAACAGGGCAGUAUUCCGUCCGUGCUCGUCAAGGACAACGGCGUCUCCAAAUUGGACUCAAUGUUAAACAGGGAAUUGCACCUAUCCAACACCGCGUCUACUAUAAUACAUUCGGGCGCCACGCAGGUCAUUCGUCGUGUGUGCUACGACGAGGAGAAAACGGACCCGAGAUUUUUGGAGUCACAUGCACUUAUAGGUGAAGACGCCAAAAUGACGGAAGACUCAAGAGACGCCACCCUAGAAUCGAUGGCAGACGUCGAUGACGAUAGAUCUUCCCCCGAACGCAACACCGAAAUGUUCUGGGAGUCCAACUCCACAUCGGAGCGGUCUGAAGGUAGACGGCCGCUAGACUUCAGCAGCGACAGCGAUAAAUGCUGUAAAAGCCCCUUUGAGGAGACAAACUCGACCGACUCGAGUGGUAUAGGAACACACAUAAUGAGACUAGACUCUGUAAUAAAGGAUGCGAGGGGCAUCGAACGUAGCGGCAGCGCUGACGGUUCCUCAGCAGAUGAUACGCACCCCCCACUCCGUACCUACCCUCCGAAGAGAUAUCACCCACCGGAAGCUGAAAGGAGUACCUCGGGGAAGACGAGAGCCGGCGAACGGUCGCCGGACAGCAUGGAGUCGAGGCGGCGUGCGUCUAACAGGGGCGUGGUCAAGAGGGGCUGCCAUUGUUGCAAUGGUUCUCCCGCGCCGCCCAAACCGAAGAAAUCCCGACCAAGAAAACCAAACACUGAAUUCAUCCCCUAA